GCCUAUCGAAACAAUGGCACUCUUUCUCAUCGUACUCAUUAAUAUUUUUCUACUGGGAUUCCAUGGAUUUUCUUCUUGGAACUAUUUCCUCACCAAUGAAGAACCCAAAUAUACAUUCAGUGGAAGCUCAGUUCCCCUUCUUCAUCCAAUGAUUAAUGACCUCCCCGUUGUUUUGCUCACUCUGCAAGAAACAGACCAUUUACAAUGGAAUGCAAUGGAUAAUGUGUCCCGGGAUGAAUACUACACUCUUCUUGACUAUCCAGCUAUCUCGAUCCUAAGCUCGAACCACCACAUGUUUAUCCUCUCUUGGUUCCAUAACUUGCACUGCAUUGCUCAAUUUCGAGCGGCUUUAAACAACCACACUGACUGGGUCGCAACACAGGAACAUUUCCAUCAUUGUCUUCACUACCUAAGACAGAUACUUCUUUGUAACGCAGGAGACAUGCUCGAACCUGGGGAUUUCAUGACCAGAAACUUCACCACGGAGCGCAUUGGUGGUGAAUUGAUGUGCUAUGACUUUGAGAAAGCUCAAAGCAUACUCCAAGCAGAGCGUGAUGAUUUCAAUACUUGGUAUAACAACCAAGAGGAUUGACGAUGCCUAUGAACUCAAUGUAU